CAUUCACUUCGCAUUGUAAUUGCAUUCAGAAGACAAAAGCGUGAGACAGAGCCAUGAACGACUCGGAAGAACUUGCAGAGAAGUAUCGCAAGCUUCACCAGGAAUUCAUUCGCAUUAAAGCACAGCAUGCUGUUUUAAAGAAAGCGGUUUUAGAGGAGCAAACAAAGAAUGCAGCCAUUCAAAAUUCACUCAAAGAAAAGGAGCAAGAAGUUAGGAAGUCACUUCAAGAUCUGGAUUUACUCACCUAUCAUAACCAACGUCUAACCAGACGAAUUGAAAGUCUACAGAGCCAAGCCUCAGCUAAAUCAGGAGGAUCAUGGUUGAUGGGCGGUGGUAAUAUCAAGAAGGAGCUGGAAAAGUCACAAGUAACUCUGGAGGCCUUAACGAUCGAUUUAGAGGCCAAGAUUGAAGAAAAUGAGAAACUACAUCAACAGCUGUAUGAUAUUAAUGCAUUAUACCCUAGACAUGUCACAGAGCUCAAGGGCAAGAUCCAGGAGCUAGAGAAACAAAAUCAAGAGUUGCAGCUUGACGUGGAGCGCGCAGGAGUCGCCAACGAAGACACAAUCAAUUUAAUUCGUAAAGAGAAGGAAGAGACAGAGAAGGAACUUGGCAUAAUUCGUGAUGCUCUUGCGGGCCAACUUCAGGAUGAGCAACGUGCAAACCAAUCUUUAAGAGGCAACGUUCAACGACUUGAAAACGAGAUCGAGCGACUCUCCAAGGUGGAACUUGAAUAUGAAUCAUUAAAACUAGAACACACCAAACUUCGAGACGAGCUCGAAACUCAUAAAUGGAUUUCAUCUGAACUCUCACAACUCCAAGAAUCGUAUAGUAAUUUAGAGCGGGACAAAAUUCAGAUUGAGAAGGCUCAUGCUCAACUCUCAAGUCAGUAUACAGCACUGAAGCAAGCGGAGGAAGGCCUUAGGAGGGCAUUAGCACAAGAGCAACAAAAUGUACGAUCUGUACAGGAACAGGCACAGCAUUUGAAAAGAGAUCUAGAAAUAACUCGUUCAGAGGCAGCGAAUCGUGAAAAAGGACAUGUUGCCAAGAUCGAGCAAUUGCAGUCUGAGCUGGAGAAUGCUUAUCAGGAACAGAAGAAAAUACGAGAGCAGUAUGAAGAUUUGAGGAUUGCAGAGCAAUCUGCUAAGGAGGAUGAGUCUCGUACCAAAGCUAGUUUUUCAGCUGAUCUUGCAAAUUUGAAGUCAAGUUUGGCAGGUGCAGAAGCGAGAAUUGAGGAGCUUGAGCAACUUAAGAGGACGCUGGAAACAGAGUUAUCAGAUACCAAGAGGGCAUUAGAGGGGACCCAAAUGGUUCUUAAGAACGAGCAGGGGACAAGGUCAAAUAAUACUGAAAAACCAGUAGCGACAGUAUCGGAGAGUGAUAAUAAUAUGCUUGAAAAAGAGGGAAAAAAGAAAAAAGAGCAGGAACAAGAGGCAGGGGAGGAAAGUAAACCGAAACCAGAACAUGAGGAGAGCCAUAUACCGGAAGAUGAUGCUGCAGAGAAGGAAAAGCCUCCAUUGUCUAAGAAGGCAAAAAAGAAAAAAGGAAAAGCUGCUGCUGCUGCUGCUGCUGCCGCUGCAGUUGCGGAAACCGAAUCAAAAACAGGUUCUUCGCAAAUUGAUGGAAAGCAUGACGAAAGUGAUGGACAAAAGGACAAAGUUGUACAGGAUACUAAGGAUAUAGAAAAAAAGGAUACAUUGAAGACGAAGGCAGAAUCAGAAGAGCAGACCCACAGAGAGGAGAAUCAGAUGCGAAAAGCAUUGGAAGAUUCGUUAAGAAUAGAGAUCGACAGUCUUCAGAAGCAAAUCGAGCAAUCCCAACAGUCUAAUGUGAGUACACAGGAAGAGCUAAAUGCUGCAAAAGCUGCAUUGGAAUCUAUCAAGGAUGAGAAGAUUUCCUUAUCGAGCUCAUUAGAGUUCCAUGUUGAUUUGGCAAAGCAGUUGCAGGAAGAGAUUGAGGAUCUGAAGAGCAAGCUGAGUAAGAAACAAAAACACCAUGGCGUGAAUGGGUCAACUGCAGGAAGAGAAGAGGCUCAUGCAUCUGAGGAUCAGCCGCAAAUGAGGGUACGGCAACAGAAGAACAUCCUAGAUACAAAAGAAGGGGGGAGCCAGACACCGCAACGAGCUUCCACUCCUGUACCAACAGGGACAGCUGGAGUAGAUCUCAAAAAAAUUGUCGUGGAUGCCAAGGAUGAAUCUACACAAGUUGAGAAGGCUGAUGCUUUGGAUAAAGCAGUCCAAUCAGAGGCUAUAGAGCAUGUGGAUGAGAGCACGCAAGUUGAUGUUAUCCAGAAGUCAUCUGUAGCCGUAGGAACGGAAGCCACCUCAGUAAUAGAGGAAGCCAACGACACUGAAAAAACUAAAGAUAGUAAAGACAGCACAUUUACCACCGUCAAAACUGGUAAAUUAAUGGAUAAUAAGUCAUCGCGGAACUCAAUGAUUGGUGACGAAGGUACUGCGACUGAUGCUGUGAUCCCAUCUACAGCAGCGGCGGCAGCUAAUAUCAACAUCAGUCAAUCCCAGAUGAACCGGGAGUAUCUGAUCAAAAAACAUUACGAGACCAAGAUUCAGAAUAUCAUAGAGCAACUUCAGCUCUCCGACGGGCGAUAUGUAAGAUUGCAUAGGGAGUUCGAGUUGCUGAAGGAAUUGCUAAUGGAGACUGUACAAGAACGAGAGACGGUCAAGAAUGAAGUAGAGCAACUUAAGGCCAAGAAUCAGCAUCUUCAAGAGGAGCUGGCCUCUGCAAAAGAAGAUAACCGAGCACAAGUGGAGACCAUGACCAACUUUAUGAAGAGCCUUGAUCAAGUACAGCAAGGUCGAUAGAGAUCAUCUGUUAAUUUUUUUUUACUUCACGUAUAGUGUCGGGGAAGUAUAUAUAGGAUUUUUUGUUGAAACCGUGCCCCACAUAAAGAUACAUUGGGGUAGAGCUCAAUCAUGCAAACUAUUUCCGCAUAUAUUGACUAGAAGGG